CUAGCCUAUUCUUGUCAAUAUCGUUGAGGAGAGCAUGAGCACCGAGGUAUCAUGGUACGUUCGCCUUCUGUGCUAAUGCUUGCCCAUAUUAGUAUCCAGGCUCAAGUCAAGGAUCCCUGACCCGCAUAUUGAUAGUCCCGUGGCUUGCGGUCACUUUCUUGUUUACUUGACCUCGGUGCAUAAUUGGCGGGGACGGGCCCUACAAGGGGAGCUCUCUUCGUUCUCACCUCGACACCAUCAACACCUCAAUAAUAAUGGCAUCGCUCCUCAACUCGGUCAGGGUCGGCCUUCGCGCUGGCCUUACAACCGAAUGCCGCUCCUUUGUCACAGCCGCCACACAGCCUGCUACCUGGACUAGCAAGUCAUUGAGGUCAGGAGUUAUCGCAAGAAAGAAAGGCAUGACCGCCAUGUGGGACGAGUGGGGUGUGAGGAUACCCGUCACUGUUCUCCAGCUGGAGCAAUGUCAAGUUGUCCAGGUCUUGAACGAGGAGGCACACGGAUAUACUGCUCUUCAGAUCGGCAGUUCGGAUCGCUCGGAAACGAAUGUCACCAAGCCCAUGUUGGGUCACUUUGAGAAGGCUGGCGUCCAGCCCAAGCGCAAGUUGUUUGAGUUCCGUGUCACGCCUGAUGCGGUCUUGCCCGUCGGUACUGAACUAGUUGCCUCUCACUUUGUUCCCGGUCAAUAUGUCGACUGCUCUGCACCGACUAUGGGCAAGGGAUUCCAAGGAGCCAUGAAGAGACACGGGUUCGGAGGUCAGCCAGCAUCACACGGUACCUCGGUUACUCACAGAUCGCUUGGUUCAACGGGUCAGCGCAAGGACCCCGGCAAGGUCUUCAAGGGCAAGAAGAUGGCAGGACGCAUGGGAGGCGAGCAGGCGACUGUCCAGAGCUUGAAGGUCAUGAAAGUCGACAACGACCUGAACCUGAUCUACGUCAAGGGCUGUGUCCCCGGUGUGGAUGAGCAGUUUGUGAAGGUCCAGGAUGCGGUCAAGAAGCGUGGAGAUAAAAUCGCACCAGCUGAUGUCUUGCCUCUGCCGUUCCCCACAGCUGAUCCUAAGCUGGUCAAGGCUAUGCCAAGAGAAUUGGUGGCCAAGACCGGUGGAUCGGAUCCGUAUGUCAUGCAGGAGUAAGGAUUAAGGAACGGGUUCAUGAAGUUGGAGAAGAACAAUAGAUCUAGCUUUGCCAUCAUCAUCUUUUUACAUACAUUUACCAAUAAAUACAGCAAACAGACAGAACUUAU